AUGGAUAUAUAUGCAUAUAGAGACUACCGCCCAUCAAUGGCCAAAAAUGCCCUUCUAGUUCACGGUGAUAUUGCUCGUGCAACACCUUCAACACAUAAUCUUCCUCCAGAAAAUUAUGUUUACGGCAUAAAAUCAAAGAAAGAAGCCGGCGUUAAAGAAAUGUUUGACAAUUGGGCUGCACUUGAGAAUCAACCACAAUCGGCACGUCGUGAUAAAGAAUUUAAGCCAAAACAAGAUUAUAUCGCCACAAAUCGUUCAGCUGUUAAACAUGGAUGCAUUACAUCUCGAGAGUUUAGGGAAUACCAAAUCGAACACCCAAUAAUGCAAAAGCAAAAAGUUUUUGCUCCAAAUUCAGAAACUCCAGAAGCCUUCCACAAUCGUGUUUCUCAGAUGGUUCAUGGAAAAGCAACACCUACUUUCAGCGAAAUGGAUGAUUGCAUGCAUUUCAAGACUGGCCGCGCUUUAGAGCAAAAAGCAUGGGAAAAGAAGCGUGCAGAGCAAGAAAGACGCUCUCUCGACCAAAGCAAAGGAACUAUUGCACAGAGAUCUCAUCGCCCUACAAAAGCUUCAAUUGGACAUCAAUAUGUCGCCAAAGAACCAAAUCCAGUUGAUUCUUUCAAGAUGAAGAGAUUCCUUGCCAUUAAUCGUUGCUCUGUUGUUGAUCACUGGUAA